UAUAUGCACACGUGUGCAAGCUGCAACAGUCCAUCUGAUUUGUUUAUGUUGCAGGCUUCUUCAAUUAAAUUAAAAAUAUCGGAUGUGACUAAGAGUACGGGAGCAUCGUCUGAUGCCGUCUCAGUUUUUAAAAGGAAGUCAAAUGAUAUCAGAUGGGAGUAUGGAAUGUUAAUUGAUACAAAGAAUAUGGACAAAGUUAAAUGUAAGCUGUGUGUCAAAGUUAUGUCUGGAGGAGUUUAUAGAGUUAAAGAACACAUCGGCCACAUUUUCGAAAAUGUUUCUACAGGUCCAAAAUCUUCUUCGGAUGAUAAAGCCAAAUGUAAGAAUGCUAUUGCCGAGGCAAAGAGUAAGAAGAAGAAUAAGAGGAAAGAGAAAGAUUUGAUGAGAUCCUCUGUUAAUAUUUCUGAAAUGGAGGAAGGGGAUGCUGAAAAUGAAUUGCAAGAGUUAGGGAGUAAAAAAACACCUCGUACACUUGGCCAUAUGGAUAAGUUUACAAGCUCCAUCACCCCUGAAACAAGUGCAGGAAUGACACAAAGGCAACAAAAUAUCAGUGAAGCACUCUUUAAAGAGAGAACGCAGUCUGUUCGUCAAUAUUGUGCUAGAUAGGUGUACGAAGCCAGCAUUCCUUUCAAUGCUGUUGAUAAUGAUAGCUUUAAAUUGUUUGUUGAGACGGUUGGUCAAUUUGGGUCGGGCUUCAAACCUCCCAGUCAAUACCAGUUGAGGGAACCAUUGUUA